AUGUCUGAAUACUCCGAGCCAAGCCGUUUUUUGCAGCAGGGAGAUUUUCAACUUGGCAAUGGCCUUGAUGAUAGUGUCGACAUCAAUGGUUUCGACCCUGCCAACUUCAAUCUUGAGUUUGACAAUGCGAGCUAUGGGCAUCCACAGGCUGGUCUGUCAUACGGGGAACACCAAUCGCGGUAUGAGCCGAACGAGAUUGUGGAAGCCCAAGGAGAAGUUUCAAGUCUCCAAAACACCAUCCCAGACAAUGACUCUUCCAGCUACCGUCAACGGCAAGGUGGUCUGACGAGCGUGUCUCAGCAUCAUCUGUUCGAGCCCAACGAACUCAGGGAAGGUCAAGAAAAGAUAACACAACUUCAAGACAUGAAUCCAGCAAGCGACACGUCCAACUUUGGCCAACAACAAGUCGGUCUGACAAGUGGGGAUGAUGAACAACAGUUCCAGUUCCAAUCUGACGUGUUCUCUUCAGAAGAGUGGAAGAACUCCGAGGCUCAUGCCGCCAACGGAGACUUUUCGGAUUUUCCAGACACUGUGGCACAGGACGAACAUCAGACAAAGAAAGAUGAUCACGAGCACGCCAGCCCCAUCUACCACACGCCAAUUCCACAGCGAGAUUUCGACACAUAUGCGGCUAGUCCCCACUUAGUUUCUGUCGAGAAUGGAGAAAGAUCAGUAGUCAAUACAUCAGGCAUUGACUCUGCUUAUGGCACACUCAAUCCUUCUCCACAAUCUACAUCUGGACUUUCCUUGGGAACACCUUACCAAACGGAAAGCACUGUGCAGCAAUAUGGUUCCGGCAACACCCAUGGUCGUGAGGACUCCAUGUACUCUAGCCAACAACCCAACACAUACCAUGAAGGCGCGGAGGAGGCCGAUACGGAGGUGACAGAGAACGACCCGAAAUUCAACCCUGCAGAUGAUCUAAACUACUACCGGAUAGAUCUUGACACGGGCGUAAUAGAGAGUCGGCGUAGGCGAGGAUGGGGUCGUACCGGGACGAGAAACGGUGCCGAAGUCUGGUUCAACCCGGAGACUGAGCAAUGGCAGGAGUCCGCUUCACACCAUAGCUAUAGGGAGAUUCUGAUCGCGCGAGCCCAGGCUGAGCAUCCGGAUAAGGAAUAUCUGCAUCCUGAUCCCACCGAUGGGUUGCCACAUAGCGAGACGGCCUUCUUUCUCCCACAUCAGAACUUGGGUCCGAACCGUGAUGACUGCCCAGACGAAUGUUUCGUUUGGCCCAAAGACAAGCCAGAGGGCGACCCAGAUGAUAAGGAGGCUGGGGACAAGGGCCAAGCGAAGAAGAAGCGCAAGCCUAACCCCCGGCCAAAUCCCGGAUUCUGGUUUGAGGACAACAAGAUUCUGUUGGACCCUCACAACAAUCCUGUCAAGAAGCACCUGGACAUGCCACUCACGCUCUCGGCUGAGACAGAAGGGUACAAGUUGCAAGUGAUGCGACUUAGAAACACGAGCAUAUCGCAGAAAGAUGAGUGGGCCAGAAUGCCAAGGUGGAUCAGAAAGAAAAAGCCGAAGACGUAUGAUCUGAUCACCAAAUACAUCGGAAGUCCUAACACGCACGUAAACAUGCCUUCGCAGCGCUUCCGAGACGAGAAAGGCACAGUGGCAGGGAACAUACGUCAAGGCACCGACAAGAUUAGGAAAGGGCUGAAGGCAUUUUUCGCUGAAAACGGAUUUGAUCCUUCCCUGACCGGCUCCACGAGAGGGUUCGCGAGGGACCUGUUCCCAUGGGAGCAGGACUCAGUGAAGCUAGGAAACACUGGAAAGCACGGAAUGAGGGCGGGGGAGUCGCGAGCACUGGAUGAGGAGACUCGGAACAAGAACUUGCAAAAGACACUAAGGAAGAUCGAGAAAGGCAAGGAGAAGGCUGAAGCAGAUGCAGGGAAGGCCAGCAGUGCGUUCGGAAAGCGUCCUCGUGAGGACCAGGAUGGUUAUGAUCAAGACUCGAAUCCUGCUCAACGGAAGAGCAAGUCUGGAGGUCGCUCGCGAAAUGGUCAUAGAAAGCCGGCGUCUUCGCAACCACAGCGCUAUGGCACGUUUGGUGCAGCACCGACGCCGUACCAGAACACGAGUACCUUGGAGGCUGGAGGUCGCUCGUACAGUGGCACAUAUGGUACAGCCCCGUCACCGUAUCAAAACAUCAACGUCUCCGCAGGAAACCAGCAGGCGCAUUCUCUGGGCAACAAUCAUUUUGCGGAGAACCAAAGGGUACCAUACUAUCAGGGCAUCGGGCUGGAGACUGAUACCCGCUUGGACCAAUUGCAGCAGGAAUGCAGAGGGCAGAUGUGGUCAGCACAAGGCUCUAUCGGGCAAAACAACUACCGGGGGUUGCAGUAUCAGCCACAGCAUAAUGCAUCUCCUGACUAUCCCUACAACAUUCAAGACGGUCCACCUGUUCAGCACCAAGGGUUCAUCAAUGGCACGAAUGGUGCUCCGAAGCAUGAAGGAGACACUUUGGGUCAAGGCGGUCGCAGAUUGUAUCAAGCGCCCAAACAGAUUCUGGGAAGACGUGGGCGCGAAGAUUCAGACGAAGUUGACCAGAAUAUAUAUACGAGGAAAAAGGAGGCCGCAGGAGUGGGAAGAUCAGCCCAUAAUGCCCAAUACGGUUAUGUCGAGUCUGGAAGUCCGGUGAUCCAAAACCAGACUCAGGAGGAGCGAGGCGCGGAAAUUUCACCGUCGGAACGGCAGCAGAUUGGCCAACUACAGAAUAUGGGAUACCAGGCCGGCCAAUUUGAGUCCAGCGUCCAAGCGGAUAGAGAUUCAGAAAAUGGCGCCCCGUCCAAGCGACAACGCAAAGACGAAAAUCCUGGUAUAGUCCCUGGGCCUCAGCGUCGUGCUCAGUAUGAAAGGACUCCUCGACGACGGUAUUAUGACGCAGCAGGUGCCCCAGUUCCAUUAUUGUCGCUAGAGGAGCCUUUUGGGACCUCACAGCCUGUGUCCGAUUUCAAUGAGGACACAGAGGGCCCGUUGAAGUCACCAGAGGAGCUUUUUAGGACCAUGCCGGACUUACUCGGAUCAUAUGGGGAUGCAGCGGGCCGAAAUUUCAGUGGUACCGAUCACGGCUUCUACGACAGACCAGCUGCGGAUAUUGGGCCCAGCAAUCCACUAAACGGCGAUGUGUACGGAGGCCCGAUUCUUGUUGCUGCUUCGAACGAGGGUGUGGACCAAGGCAUGACUGAUGCACCCUCCCGUCAUUCGGAGUACCUUGAACGUCUUUCCGAGGGACAUUUGCCUGAGCAGAUCCUCGGAAAGCACAGAAGGGGAGAUCACGUGGGUGAAUGGGAGCAGGACGCCUAUGUCCCGGAGCAGGAUAUCGGGGAACAGGAGCCGCAAGAGCAAGAGAGUAACUGGGAGGAGCACACCAGUGAACCAAAGCCGAAGCGACGGGAUAUAACCGCCACCGAAAGCUACUACUCACCCCCGGCACAGAAUCCAAAGGCUGCAACGGUGCAGAAAGAGCGCGAGGCAGAAUGGGACGCGCGCCUACCUCCACCGCAACUACAAAUCAAUGAGAACAUCCCGGAUGUGUCCCAAGCUCCCGUGGAGGACGCGCACCUGACGCCGCCACAGCACAUAUAUAUAAACGGGACCGUUAUAAACUUCGACGAAGCUCCCCAAGCGGCCGACGCACAGGGCCCAGAUCCACCACAGGCGCCUCCGCCAGCCCAAACGGAGCCCGGAGCACCCUCCGACUUCCGUGAUGUCCGGCCGGUGAACGGCUCGCAAUCCCAGAGCCUCGACCGUGCCCUCAGAUACACCCGAGAGGCCUACCGGGAGUGGACGGGUGAAGCGGCCCCGGUCACGAAUCUGGAGGAUACUUACAACGUGCAGUAUCGAGAGAUCCGGGCCGCCUUCCGGGUUUGGUGGAAGUCGGAGAGGAAUCCGCAACGGUUGGAGCCGCUGCCGGAGCUGUUCCGGAUGAAGGCGUGGGGUGGAGCGGUUGAGAAGUGGAGGGUCCCGGAGAAUCGGAGCAUUUCCGUGCGCCGAUGA